AAAUUAAAUUCCGAUUAUCAGUCAUAACUCCUUUUUUGUAUAAGCUGGUUGCACUGGGUUUUAUUAGUUGAAAUUAAGUAUUUUCCAUUGUUCUGUUUACUGGAUAUUCAUUUAGCCAUUGCCAUUGAUCUUAUAUGGCUGCUAGAAAAAUCUGAUUACAAAAAAUCAUGCCAGCCAUAUAAUGAAAACGCUAGCAUAGUUAUUCAGCAGUUGUGACCAAGUGCAAUACCGUAUAACAUGGGCAGUAAUGUCUCUAAGAAGAGGAGAAAGUCUUCACUCUCUGACAGUGAAGCCCGUGCAAAGUUGCAGAGGAAGAUAUGCGUGGCCGAUGAGACUCCGGAGCCCGUCUACGAUCUCUCUGCAUGCCUGAUGCGCAAUGUGCCAUCAGGAACCUAUGCAAAAUGCAAGGUGCUCAGAAAACAGCAGCUUCUCUUGCAGGACAACCUGCUGACAUCGCUGGAGGGCGGCGGGCAGCUGGCGGAUCUCAUCCUGCUGCAGGUCCUGCGUCUGGACAACAACUGCCUCAGCGUGCUGUCGCCCGGAAUCGCGUCACUGGGCAGACUCCAGGUUCUGAACCUGUCGAACAACUCUCUGAAGCACCUGCCGCCGGCGCUGGGUCAGCUGCAGCAGCUGCGACAGCUCAUCUGCCACGAUAACGCUCUGCGUGGGGUGCCGGAGGCGGUCGGCCAGCUGCCGCGACUGACCGCGCUCGACCUGAGGAAGAACCAGCUGGAGACACUGCCGGCGCUGCAGAACAUAGCUCGCAUGUCCGAGCUGCAUCUGGAGGACAACGAGCCGCUCACCUCUCCGCCAGCCGAGGUGGUAUCCCAGGGCUCAGACGCAGUCAUCGAGUUCCUCUGCAAAGAGGCGGGUGUGGAGCACACGGGCCCGGUGGAUGACGACACAGCCGCCAGUCUGCCGCCGACCAACUCACAGUCUUACAUGGACGGCAUGGACGGUCUGGAGGAGAAGAUGAAUAUCUAUGACAAAGUAAAGGAGAACAAACGUCUGGAGCUGCUGGCGCUGGAGCGGGAACUGAACGAGUCCAUAUCGCGCGAGGGACGCCGCAUCGGACAACAGGAGGAGUUCAAAAAACAGCUGCUGGGGGAGCUGGUCGAGGAGCAGGCGCGGCUGGACGCGGACGUGGCGCGCGCCGCCGAACAGCGCACCAGAGACCAGCGGCGCAUCCUCGAGUCGGUGGCUCAGCUGGAGAGCGAGGCGGACCGCAGCACGGCCGAGGUGGCGGCGGCGGCGGCCCGGCUGCGCGACCCGGCCGCCGUGCUCGCCCGGCUCGAGAUGGACCGGAAGGAGCUCGAGCAGCUGGUCACCGUCAGACAGGAGGAGUGCGACGCGCUCCGAAAACACGACGUAAUGGACUCGAUGGAGAAGAUGAUGAGAGAGAAAAUGGCAAUGGAGAACCAGCUGCACGAGUAUCAGCAGGGCCGCGACAGGACCAUCCAGGAGGCGAUCUCACAAGACCAGCGGAUGAACGAGCAGCUGGGUCAGCUGCUGGAGGUGAAGGGGUCGGAGCAGGAGGCGCGCAUCCAGCAGCUGCUCAAGGACGAGACCUUCCAGCGGCAGGCCUUCUUCAACCUCUACCUCCAACAGGACUCGAGUCGUCUGCAGAUCCUGCACCAGAUCUCGGAGGCGGAGGACGCGCUGAUGCGACUGACCAUGGUGGAGGCCAACCAGCGAGACGCCACCAAAGAGUCCGAGCUGUCUCGUCUGUCUGAGAAGCGGCACCAGCUGACGACACUGCUGGUUCAGCUGCUGGAGCAGCAGGCCGCCCGGGAACGCGAGCUGCAGAAGCGGCUGGCCGAACUGGACGAACAGAGGCUCGGAGAGGUCGAACACUACUGGCUCGUGCAGUACCAGCGCCUUUUGGACAGUAAACCUGAGCGCAUCAGGCGUCUGGAGGACAAGCUGGAGCCGCCGCUGAAGAAGCUGCUGCAGUCGGCCGGUGCCGAGGAGUACCUGACCAUGUUCGCCAACAGCGGCCUGACGCUGAAGCAGGUGCUCUACAUGGACGACACAGACCUGCUGGAGCUGGGUGUGACGGACCUGUCGACUCGGGCGGCCAUCCUGCGGCAGACCGAGCUGGUGAGGGAGGAGGGCGCGGACAUGAGUCCCCGCCCGCCCUCCGCGCCGGCCGGGGACCUGCAGCCCGCGCCGGCCGCCGCCGCCGGGGGGACGGAGAUGGAGCCCGAGGACAAACUGGCAGAGGAGGGGGAGGCGGAGCGGCCGGAGCCGUCCGCGCCAGAGCCAGAGGAGGGUGCCAUAGCUGGACCUUCAUCCAUGCCACGGACAACGCACACAGAGCUAGAGUGUGUCGUCUGUAUGGACCACAAGACGGAGGUGAUCUUCCUCAACUGCGGCCACCUGUGCGUGUGUCGCCAGUGCGCCGGGCCGCUCAGCAGCUGCCCCAUGUGUCGCCAGGUGGUGAUGCAGAAACUGGUCAUCACCACCGUCCUCUGACGGACAGGGGACGAGCCGGACGGCGGCCAGGGGUAGGCAGGGCGGGGAACCGAGCGACAGGGGGCUAUACUGGGGGCUUGACAGUUCCAGUCAGCAUUAUAGGGAUGGAAGGAUGAAAGCGGAUUAUUUUCAUUGACCAGGACCUUGCUUUUGAGCGAGUCUCUGUAAAGCUGGGCACCCAUAAAGCAGCGCCGUUCUUGUGAAGAGGAAGGAUAAUUUAGAGAAAGUCAAGGAGUUAACCUCUACAUAGUUGAGAUUAUUGCUGCAGUUGUGGGUUGAUGCCAGUUGAUAAAUGGCUGUUAUCAGUCAAUAGGCGUCACAGUUUUGACUGAAUACUUUUUGUAAUCGUUUCUGUGUGGUGUAUGCAGUGAUCCGUCUAAGUCAGGGACUAUGGAAGGACUGUAGGUCCAAGAAGCCUGAACAAAACUGAUUGUUGAGUUAGACUCGCUUGAGUUCAGGCUGAUUCACUAUUCAAUACUCCGUAGUCCUUAUAUUGGUGAAUUUAUUUUACUGUCAUAGUGAACGGUAUAAUCUUACCCCUAGCUAACAGUGCGAUAGAAUAUAUCCAAGCGUUAAACGCAAUGGCAUAAUUCCGUAGCUAAUUAAACUGUGAAUGUUGCCGUUCCCUGUGAUACCAAACUAAUCGAUAAAGAUGAUAAUUAUUGUGAUUAUUUUGAAUUAGUGUUAGGUGCGCCAUUUUGAAAGUGACAUUGAACACCCUAUAGCGGCACGUGUUAUAGGUAUUGCUUUUUUAACUUUACCACAAGCUUUGUGCAACGUGAAGACCCUGAUACACCCCUUUCGAAGUUAAGAUUGGAAUUGAAAGAUUUCCUCCUGUGUUGAAUCAUAGUCUCGGAUGUAUAGAGAAACUUGCAUUAUGAACAACACUAUCCGCAUGGUAUGGCCACGGGGACC